AUGGACGGCGGCACUCCGCAGAGAUCAGGUACUGUAGUCAUACACGUCACUGUACUGGAUGCUAACGAUAACGCCCCAGUGUUUAGCCAGGCCGUCUAUAAAGCCAGUCUUCCUGAAAACUCUCCUUUAGAUACUGUAGUGGUAACAGUGAGUGCUACAGAUGCAGAUGAGGGAGUGAAUGGAGAGAUGGCUUAUGAUUUCGAUCACAUUUCAGAUGAGCAAAAGACAGUAUUUUCUAUGGACCGUAAGACAGGAAUAAUUAAAGUGAUCGGCGCUGUUGACUUUGAAGAAGUUCCGUCGUUUGAACUGCGCAUUAAAGCGAAGGAUGGUUUAGGCUUAGCCUCAUAUGCCAAAGUGAUAAUAGAAAUUACUGACAUAAAUGACAACGCCCCAGUGAUAUAUCUGAAAUCUCUGAGUAACCCAAUACCUGAGAACGCGUCACCUGGUACAGAGGUGGGCAUCAUUAACGUGCAGGAUAGAGACUCUGAAAAUAACCGACAGGUCCGCUGCUCCAUUCAGCAAAACGUUCCUUUUAAACUGGUGCCAUCUAUCAAAAACUACUAUUCUCUGGUGACCACGGGCGAACUGGACCGGGAACUAGUGUCUGAUUACAACAUUACAAUCACUGCCACCGACGAGGGCUCUCCGCCUCUGUCCUCCUCUAAAAGUGUUCAGUUAUCUGUCGCUGACGUGAACGACAACCCACCUGCGUUUGAGGAACAGUCCUAUAGCGCCCACGUGACUGAAAAUAACAAACCAGACUCAUCAUUGUGUACCGUUACUGCUCGAGAUCCAGACUGGAGACAGAACGGUACAGUGAUUUACUCUCUCUUACCCGGUGAGGUGAACGGUGUCCCGGUGUCCUCGUUCUUAUCCGUUAACGGAGACACGGGGGUGAUCCACGCUGGGAGGUCGUUUGAUUAUGAGCAGUUCAUGAGAUUUAAAGUCCACGUGAUGGCCAGAGACAACGGUUCUCCUCCGCUCAGCAGCAACGUCACUGUCAGUGUGUUCAUAACGGAUGUGAAUGACAACUCUCCUCAGAUACUAUAUCCCGCCCCGGAGGGGAACUCCUUCAUGACCGAGCUGGUCCCCAAAGCUGCACACGGGGGCUCUCUUGUUUCCAAGGUGAUAGCGGUGGACGCGGACUCCGGCCAGAACGCCUGGCUGUCCUAUCAUAUAGUCAAAUCCACUGAUCCGGGACUUUUCACUAUUGGUCUCCACAGCGGAGAGAUCAGGACACAGCGGGACAUUUCUGAAUCGGACAGCAUGAAACAGAACCUUAUUGUGUCAGUGAAAGAUAACGGACAGCCCUCUCUCUCUACGACCUGUGCCAUGUAUUUAGUGAUUUCUGACAACUUGGCUGAAGUGCCAGAACUGAAAGAUAUAUCUUAUGAUGAGAGCAAUUCCAAACUCACCUCUUAUCUGAUCAUCGCGCUGGUGUCGGUCUCCACCUUUUUCCUCACCUUCAUUAUUGUCAUCCUGGCCGUGAGGUUUUGCCGCAGGAGAAAGCCCAGACUGUUGUUUGACGGAGCGGUCGCCAUCCCAAGUGCGUAUCUCCCUCCAAACUACGCAGAGGUGGAUGGAGUGGGAACUCUCCGCAGCACCUACAAUUAUGACGCCUACCUGACGACCGGGUCACGCACCAGUGACUUCAAGUUCGUCACAUCUUACAAUGACAACACGCUGCCCGCGAAUCAGACUCUGAGAAAAACUCCAGCAGACUUUGCUGAAGAACAUGAUGAUUCUGAUUGGUCCUCACAGGUAGGCUUGAACUGUAAAUAA